AGCCGACCAAGAUUCAUCCACGUGUCCUUUUGUGAAAGAGGGGUUUUAGGGUUCACACAAAUCUUUAUUUGGUUUCCCUCGUAUUUCACUUUCAUAUUUUCUAAUCAAAAUUCCAGCCCUUCCUUUCGUUUUUCUACGACAACUCUCUGUAAUUUCUAGGGUUUUGCUUCGCCUACUUGCAUUUGAUUUUUGUGACAACAGAUUGCCUAAAACGAUUUCUUCUCAGCCUCGUUUGCUUUGGUUUUCUUCCCUACAUUCAGGAUUUUCACUUGUAGAUCUUCAACUCCAGGCCUUUUACUGUGGGAAAUAUAUACUUCCCUAUAGUGUUGUGCAUUAUUGACUAUCAACGAGUUUGUUUUUGCUGUUUACAAUGGCUGAGACAGAGCAAGUUGUUGCUGGUUCUUGCUCUCUGAUAGAACAGCUUAGUAAGGCAGUGCAUGAGCUGGAAGAUCACAAGAAUGCUUCUGAGAACAGAGUUCAGUGGAUGGAAAUUGAGGAGCACUUUCGCAAUCUUGAGACAACGCUGAGAAUGAAACUAGAAGAAUUUGAAUCCAAAGAGAAGGAAUUUAUAGAAAAAGAAGCUCAAACCCAUAAAAGUAUUGUAGAUAGAGAGGCAGCUGUCACUGCCAAAGAGCAAGAUCUGUUGGAUCGAGUGCAGGAGCUAAAAGAUGCUGCUGUUGCUGUCAUUGCUGAAGCACAAUCAAAUCACCAACAUACAGUUUCAGAGUCAGUUGACAAUGGAGAUAACAAAAAUAGCAAGGUAAGUAGCUCUCUUGGUGACACAACUUGUCCUGAUGAUUUACCUCAUAAUAUGGGUGAAAAUUCUGAAGACGCAGCUUUAGAUUUUAAGCCACAUCCAAAACUUGUAGAAUUUUGCAAGCAGAUGGAUGCAAAAGGGCUAUUGAAAUAUACCAUGGAGAAUCUUAAUAAACUUCAUGUUGUUUGUGAAGAACUUUCUAUUGCACUAGAAACUGCAAAUGAGCCAGCCCAUUUGGUGCUGGAUUCACUGGAGGGGUUUUACCCUCCAGAUGAAACUAACAAACCGGGGGAUGAGAGUCUUGCUGCCCUUAAGGGCAUGCGCAAAUCUUGUUGUAUUUUUCUGGAAGCCAUGGCUGCCUUAUUGGCAAGGGCUGACCCAGGUGCUGAUCACCUUUUGAACCCUGAGACCAAGCAGCAUGCCAAGGCAAUUGCUGAUGAGUGGAAACCUAAGUUGGCUAGUGGUAGCAUUGAUGCUGCCAAUGGGAUAUCAUUGGAAGCAGAGGCGUUUUUGCAGCUCCUCGCUACUUUUAGGAUUGCUUCUGAUUUUGAUGAAGAAGAACUCUGCAAGCUUGUUCUUGCAGUUGCUCAACACAGGCAAGCACCUGAGCUCUGCCGCUCUCUUGGGUUAACACACAAAGUGCCAGGUCUUAUUGAAUUGUUGGUCAACAGUGGGAAACAGAUUGAUGCCGUACGUUUUAUUCAUGCCUUCCAACUUACUGAAAGCUUCCUUCCUGUGCCUCUCCUCAAGACAUACUUGAAAGACUUGAGGAGAAAUUCACAAGGGAAGGGUGAAAACACGGGCAAUGCCAGUGGUGGUCAGGAAGAUGUUAAUGCACAAGAACUUGCUGCUCUAAAGGCUGUAAUCAGGUGUGUCCAAGAGUAUAAACUUGAAGCUGACUACCCACUUGAUCCACUUCAGAAAAGGGUUGUCCAACUGGACAGAUCCCAAGCUGAUAAGAAAAAGAGGGGCAGUGAGCAUGGUAAACGGCAACAGCCAAAAAAACAGAAGGCCGGUGGAAGAUUUCGAGGAUAUAAUCGUCCAGGUCCUUCUCCUGCUACUGGUAGACAGGGUCCUCAUUACAGCAACAGGGCAGUGCACGCAGGAAUUUCAGAACGAUAUCCUCGUACUGAUUUGCACGCCUAUGAUUACCAAGUUCCUAGUCAGGCUGCUUAUGCUCAGCAACCUACUGAUCAUAGAUUAUACUAUUAUCCCCAGGAUGGAAAUGUUUUACCAAGCCCAUAUAAUGCUGCUCCACCAAAUUACGCAGGCGGUGGAUUACUGCCUUCAAACCAGCCAUAUCUGUAGUCUAUGCUAGUAAUUUGAAAAUCAUUCUAUAGCUGUGAUGUGAGUCAUAGUUGAUGAAUAUUCUUUUAUGUGAGGCAUAGUCUAUGCUUGUGUCGUUUUUGUAGCAUAUGAUUUUUGUUUUUAAUAACUCGUAGUCUCCUAUAAUGAAAUGAUGCUUUGAGAGUAGAAAAUUGGGUUAUUUUGCAUUUAUGUUAGAUGGUGGAUUUGUAAAAAAAAUGGAAUAUGCUGUAAAAGACGGGUUUUUUUUUUUAGUUCUUUGUAAUUGAGACUGCAAAAUGUACCCACUAAUCAUAAGGAAAUGGAAUGAAAUUGAAGAAAACAAUGUCAUUUUUCCAUCUA